CGACGACGACAACGCGGCCGAGGUCCGGCUUCCAGCAGCAGCAGCCGCGCCAGCGAGGAGGCCCGAGAAGACGAGGAGCUGGAGCAGGAGCAGGAGGAGGUGCCCGGGCGCGAGAAGGCCAAGCCACGAGCGCCGGUGGACAGGCGCGCCCUGGGGCUGGUCGACUGGUCGUUCCUGGUGGCGGAGGCGCUCGACAGGGAGGAGACCGGCGAGAAUGCCGUCAGUAGGGGAGUCAAGCGCCGGGCGCCGGACAACGAACGAACGGACACGACGACGACGUUCGAACGAAGCUUCGUGAUCGACGACCUGGGCAGAACGGAGGAGAAGAAGGUGAAGGUGAGAUCCACGCCUGUCAGGAAGAGGCGCUACGUCGUGGAGGAGGACUUGGAAGAUGGGUCGGGUCAGGGCAAGCUGCUGGACUCGUCAUCUGAUUCGCUGAUGUCUUCGCGCGGACUGACGAUCGAUUCGCUGCUGGCCGACCUCGCGGCGGAAGGAGACGAAGAGCGGCGGCUGAAGCAGCUGCUUGGCGGCGUGGACUCCCUAUAA